UAUAGAAGUACAAAGAUGUCCAAUAUAACCGCAGCGGUAAUUGCCAACCGCAAUAAGAAACAUUUUCUGGGCGUGCCUGCGCCCUUGGGUUAUGUGGCCGGCGUGGGUCGUGGUGCCACUGGCUUCACCACCCGAUCGGAUAUUGGUCCGGCUCGCGAUGCCAACGAUGUGUCCGAUGAUCGGCAUGCACCGCCAGCAACCAAACGUAAGAAAAAAGAUGAAGAGGAGGAGGAGGAUGAAGAUCUGAACGACUCGAACUAUGAUGAGUUUAGUGGUUACAGUGGCUCCCUGUUCUCGAAGGACCCCUACGACAAGGACGACGAAGAGGCCGACGCCAUCUACGAUUCCGUAGAAAAGCGCAUGGACGAGAAACGCAAAGAGUAUCGCGACCGUCGACUGCGCGAGGACUUGGAGCGCUAUCGUCAGGAAAGACCAAAGAUUCAGCAGCAGUUUAGCGAUCUGAAGCGCUCCCUGUCUGGCGUCACCUCCGAAGAGUGGUCCACCAUUCCCGAGGUGGGCGACAGCCGCAAUCGGAAGCAGCGAAAUGCCAGAGCCGAGAAGUUUACGCCGCUGCCGGACAGCGUUUUGUCCAGAAAUUUAGGCGGCGAGUCAUCCUCCACACUGGAUCCAUCCUCUGGCCUGGCGUCCAUGGUGCCAGGCGUGGCCACACCGGGCAUGCUAACGCCCACUGGGGAUUUGGACUUGAGAAAGAUUGGUCAGGCUCGUAAUACGUUGAUGAACGUAAAGCUAUCACAGGUUUCAGACUCGGUGACGGGGCAAACAGUGGUGGAUCCGAAGGGUUACCUUACCGACUUGCAGAGCAUGAUUCCCACCUACGGCGGCGACAUCAACGACAUUAAGAAGGCUCGCCUCUUGCUCAAAAGUGUGAGGGAAACAAAUCCCAAUCACCCACCGGCCUGGAUAGCAUCGGCUCGCCUCGAGGAGGUCACCGGAAAAGUGCAGAUGGCUCGCAACCUGAUAAUGAGAGGCUGCGAAAUAAAUGCCCAGUCAGAAGAUCUUUGGCUGGAAGCAGCACGCCUUCAGCCCCCGGACACAGCCAAGGCGGUGAUAGCCCAGGCUGCGCGUCACAUUCCCACAUCCGUGCGCAUUUGGAUAAAGGCCGCUGAUUUGGAAACCGAAACAAAGGCCAAGCGCCGAGUCUUCCGCAAGGCCCUGGAGCAUAUACCGAACUCUGUGCGUCUGUGGAAGGCGGCCGUCGAGCUGGAGAAUCCCGACGAUGCCCGUAUUCUGCUCUCUCGUGCUGUGGAGUGCUGCAACACUAGCGUCGAGCUCUGGCUGGCCCUGGCCCGCCUCGAGACAUACGAAAAUGCCCGCAAGGUGCUGAACAAGGCUCGUGAAAAUAUUCCCACAGAUCGACAAAUUUGGACAACGGCUGCCAAGCUGGAGGAGGCCAAUGGCAACAUUCACAUGGUGGAAAAGAUCGUCGAUCGUUCGCUGACCUCCCUCACAGCCAACGGAGUGGAGAUCAAUCGGGACCAUUGGUUCCAAGAGGCCAUCGAAGCAGAGAAAUCGGGUGCCGUCAAUUGUUGCCAGUGCAUUGUGAAGGCUGUCAUUGGCAUUGGUGUGGAGGAAGAGGAUCGUAAGCAGACCUGGAUCGAUGAUGCGGAAUUUUGCGCCAAGGAGAACGCGUUUGAGUGCGCGCGUGCUGUCUACGCCCAUGCCCUGCAAAUGUUCCCCUCGAAGAAGAGCAUCUGGCUGCGUGCCGCCUACUUUGAGAAGAACCAUGGCACACGCGAGUCGCUGGAGGCACUGCUGCAGCGUGCCGUCGCCCACUGUCCCAAGUCAGAGAUUCUCUGGCUGAUGGGGGCCAAAUCAAAGUGGAUGGCCGGGGAUGUGCCGGCAGCGCGAGGUAUUCUUUCGCUGGCUUUCCAGGCGAAUCCCAAUUCGGAGGAUAUUUGGCUGGCUGCCGUCAAACUGGAGUCGGAGAAUGCGGAGUACGAGCGUGCGCGUCGUCUGCUGGCCAAGGCAAGAGGUUCGGCGCCCACGCCGAGAGUGAUGAUGAAAUCGGCUCGGUUGGAGUGGGCCCUGGAGCGGUUCGACGAGGCGCUGCGUCUACUCGAAGAGGCAGUCGAGGUUUUCCCCGAUUUCCCUAAGCUGUGGAUGAUGAAGGGCCAGAUCGAGGAGCAGCAGCGGCGCACGGAUGAUGCUGCCAACACCUACACACAGGGCCUGAAGAAGUGCCCCACAUCGAUUCCUCUGUGGGUACUCUCCGCUAAUCUGGAGGAACGCAAAGGCGUGCUCACAAAAGCCCGAUCCAUCCUGGAGAGAGGUCGUCUGCGCAAUCCCAAGGUCGCGGUGCUUUGGCUGGAGGCCAUACGCGUCGAGCUGCGUGCGGGACUCAAGGAGAUUGCCAGCACCAUGAUGGCACGCGCCCUGCAGGAGUGCCCCAAUGCCGGCGAGCUCUGGGCCGAGGCCAUUUUCAUGGAGACAAAGCCGCAGCGAAAGACAAAGUCCGUGGAUGCUCUCAAAAAAUGUGAGCACGAUCCGCAUGUUCUCCUGGCCGUCUCCAAACUGUUUUGGUCGGAGCACAAGUUCUCCAAAUGCAGGGAUUGGUUCAACCGAACGGUGAAAAUAGAUCCAGACUUGGGCGAUGCCUGGGCAUAUUUCUAUAAAUUCGAAUUGCUCCAUGGAACAGAGCAGCAACAACAGGAGGUCCUCGAUCGUUGUAUUUCCGCCGAGCCCACGCACGGCGAGUCCUGGUGUCGUGUCAGCAAAAGUAUCCAGAACUGGCAAUUCAAAACGCCGGAUGCGCUGCGUGCCGUUGUCAAGGAGCUGUCCAUACCAACAUAACUUUUAUUUUUCACUUUAUAAAUAAAUUUGUCUGUGCAGCCUAGAGCCGCAUCUCUUUGUAA